AUGCCCCUCGGCUCGUAUUCUCGCAGCUGGAGACGAUACGAGGCUUUGCAGGGCACGAACGACAGUGGGCAACGGCGGCAGAAUGGCGGUGCUACCGGGACACGGAGUGGCGAGGAGACAUUGAUAAUAUCUCGCGAGACACAGGAUCUGUCUGCGGCCAUUCAAUCGAUUAGUCAAGCCAGUGGGAAUUCUCACAAUGCUGAGAUAUCCGAUCCAGAGUUUGCGAAAACCAGCACCUGCAUUCCCGAUACCCUUUUCAAUAACUCCGUGAAAUCCUAUCAGCCAGAAGUACGAUCCCCAGACGAGUCAGGUGAUCGCGUCUCUCUCAGUCCUCAACAGGAACAACAACAACAACAACAACAAGGACAAGAACAACAAGUGAAGCAGAACGCAACAACAGACAAUGGUCUAGGCUUGAGUCGAUUUGCCUGGUCCGCUUUGUCCAACGAUGUGGACGCGUGGAUUGGCGAGGUAUCGGAGUAUCGCGAACAAACGCUGUCAGCGUACGAGUUGACUGAACGUUUAGGGGCUCGAACAACACGCUUGAAAUCGUGGAUACAGACAACGCAAUCCACCCUGGCCGACAUUCCGUCUGCGAAGGGUAUCGAGGCCGAUGAAUGCAUUGCACUGCUCAGUCAACUCAAGGCUAUUCGACUGGAAAUAGCUUCUAAAGUUGAACCCGUCAUAAAACUGGUAGACGAGGCUGAAACCUUGCUAGAGACCGUCGAGGAUAUGGCCAAUUCUCUCCCCUCUUCCAAAUCAAGCGAUGGUGAAGUAACGGGAAUGCCCACAUUGGGAUCCCAUUACGAAAUUCAACCGCAUAUGUUUGGCCCACUGUGUGAGGCUCGGUUGAUUCGCAAAACACACAGCUAUUUGUUGGACGAGGUCACCCGGAAAGCGAUGGGUCUCUACUCAGAGCUUAUCCGAACCGGUCAUCUGGCUUGGGUGACUAAUGAUUGCCAAAAAUCCAUUGAAGAUCACAAUUGCGAGGCCCUGUUUAGUGAGGAUAGUUUGGCUCAGAAUUCUUCACCGGACGAGGAAGACAACGGUGUGUCUCAUUACGUGGCCACCAAACCGGUUUCACAAGCGAUUCGGGUUCGACAGCUCGAGAUUCAACGACUUGAACUGGACGCAAUGGGUCCCGUUCUGGGAGCAGUUGCGCAACGGGUACAAGUCGAUGAUCAGUCGGAUAAGGACGAUGUUGAAAAGUUAUUGAAAAGCCUACAUGAAACACAGUCGCUUCAACAGAACCUUAUUCACACCACUCGAGCCAGAUGUCUUCGAGAGCAAGAGAAGUUGGAUCAGUUACAUCGACUUGAUGGGGCUUUGCGUAAUCAGGCUUCGUGGCUUUCGCUUCAAGCCAAACAAAUGGAUCGACUGGCUGAUCCUAGAGGAAUCACUGUUAAAUCCGUGCAAGCCGGUCUUGCCCGAUUUGAGGAGACAUGUAGUCAGCUCACAAACAACUGCUUGGAUCGGUUGGUUCAACUGGUGCAAUUGGCUUACGGUCCCAUUACACCCACCAUGACCAGUCAUGAAGAUGUGAUACGUGUGGUCACUUCGUUGCUUUCCGCGGCAGUCUCGGUCCCGUUGAGCGGCUCUGUGCGACCGUCAUCAUCAUCAGGUGUUGUCCACUAUCAUCCAGGUGGCUUACGAAAACUUAUCCGUGAACAAGUCUCGAUUUAUCGCCGUACAUUAGAAGCCAGAAAUCGAUGGAGUCGGCAUCUGAGAAACAUCGCUAAUUAUGAAUCCCAGAUGAACCGAUUCCAUUUGUUACUUGAAGAAAUUUCUGCGUCGUUAGUCCGGAUUUAUCGUCCUUCAAAACUGGUCCCUCGAUGCACCGAACAGCUCAAAGAAGUUCAGAAUGUCCUGGUCCGAUUGCGUGAAUACGAGUCAAGCGUGACCGAGAUGAUCGAAUACCUGCCGCAUCUGAAGCCGCUCUGUCAGAGCAAUGAAUGGAGUCGUGUUGUAGCCACAGGGCGAUCAAUGAAGCACCGGUUUGACUGUUUGAUUCGACGAGCCACUGAACGCAAGAGAAUGCUGAAACAAGCUUAUAAGGAAGACCUUCAGUUUGACACCGCUUACAAUCGGUUAGUUCGACUUUUCGAGACAGAACUGUUGGGUCCUUGCGUUUCCGACGGCAAUCUGGAGAACGAAGCCAAUUCGACCGCCUCUCGUCCCGCAUAUGUCUCAGUUACGGACAGCGAACGUUCGCAGUUCUGGUCUACAUUGCGCUGGGGUACAAAUUUGCGCGAACGUUGUACGCUUGCUGAUCCGGAAAGAGCCGUAUUGGAGGAAAUGCUCGAUCGCUUACGGGAAUUGUGGAAUCGUUGUGUUCAUCUCAAAUCGGAACGAUGCAAUUGUUUGCAGAGGGGUGGAGGUCGACAGACGUAUUUAAUUUUCUCUUUAUUUGGUUUUUGUCUGCACAAUAAAGUACUUCACACCGUCACUUUAAUAUUUGAUCCGGAACCGGAAACCAGUGCCUCUGGAGUUGAGCAUUGA